GUGCAAUGGCGUGGCGGGGGCUGGCGGCCGAGUUCCUGCAGGUGCCGGCAGUGACCCGCGCUUACACCGCGGCCUGCGUCCUAACCACAGCUGCCGUGCAAUUGGAUCUCCUGAGCCCCUUCCAGCUCUACUUCAACCCGCACCUCGUGUUCCGGAAGUUCCAGGUCUGGAGGCUCCUCACCAACUUCCUCUUCUUCGGGCCCCUGGGAUUCAGCUUCUUCUUCAACAUGCUCUUCGUGUUCCGCUACUGCCGCAUGUUGGAGGAGGGUUCCUUCCGCGGCCGCACGGCUGACUUCGUCUUCAUGUUUCUCUUUGGGGGCGUCCUUAUGAUUCUGCUGGGGCUCCUGGGCAGCCUGUUCUUCCUGGGCCAGGCCCUCACAGUCAUGCUGGUGUACGUCUGGAGCCGCCGCAGCCCUCAAGUGAGGGUCAACUUCUUCGGCCUCCUCACCUUCCAGGCGCCAUUCCUGCCCUGGGCACUCAUGGGCUUCUCAAUGCUACUGGGCAACUCGAUCCUCGUGGACCUGCUGGGGAUUGCUGUGGGACACAUCUACUACUUCCUGGAAGAUGUCUUUCCCCACCAGCCGGGAGGCAAGAGGCUGCUGCUGACCCCCGGCUUCCUGAAGCUGCUACUGGAUGCCCCAGAAGAGGACCCCGAUUACCUGCCCCUCCCCGAGGAACAGCCAGGACCCCUGCAGCAGUGACCCCACCAGGGCAGGGCCAGCCCCAGGAGCCUGCAUCCCACCAUCUGUCAAACCUGUUCUGGAGGCUGGCCAUCCGAAUAAACAGAGUAACUUGCAGCCUCUUUGACCACAGCACUGGCUCCCCUUGCCUCG